AUGCUCAUAGUGCUGCUAGAACUCCUCGUCGAUGCGGUCUCGGUACCAGCAGUCGGUUUGACCGUCGCAUCUGAAGAUGCAGCGGGGUUGACAGCAGAUACUGGCGGCCCGAUAUCCGACAUUGAAGCCGCUGCGGUGUUUGAGCUUGAAGCGGAAGGAACCCGAGGGUCGGUCGAAGCGGUAGAAGAGCCUCGCACGAUCACAGUCGUCGAACCAGCGAUCGGUCCAGCCGUCGUGGGAGAAGGACAUGCAGCGUACGUCGCAGAGUUCGAUCCGGACCAGGAAGCUGAAGGAGCCGACGCGUCCGUGCUAGAGUCAUGA